CCACUUCCUGCAUCCGGCAAGUUUUGUUUUCUCCCAUGCUUUCCCGCACAAUGCUUUCCCGCACAAUGGCAUCUACAGAGCUGAGAGACGAGCUGAGCUGCUCCAUCUGCCUGAACCUUUAUACGGAUCCGGUGACACUGAGAUGUGGACACAACUUCUGCCGGGAUUGUAUUGAAAAAGUUCUGGAUUUUCAGAAGGAUUCAGACAGCUACUCGUGUCCAGAAUGCAGAGCAGAGUAUGCAGAACGCCCCCUGCUGGAGAAGAACAGGAAGUUGUGUAAUAUUGCAAAACAUUUCCUUGUUACUCAGACACACCUGGAGGGGUCUGGGGUCGCCUGUACUUACUGUGUGCACCCUCCCAUCCUAGCCGUCAAGACGUGUCUUCAGUGCGAGACUUCCCUGUGUGACAUUCACCUGACUAUCCACAACAGCGCCGUGGAUCACCUUCUGAUCGAUCCCAUCGAUUCCCUGGUCAGCAGGAAAUGUCAGACCCACAACAAGCUCCUGGAAUACCACUGCUGUGACGACGCUUCCUGCAUUUGUGUGUCCUGCUUUGCUGUAGGAUCCCACAGAACGCACAAGGUGGAGACCCUGGAUGAGGCCGUGACAAGGAAGAAGGGGAGGCUCAGAGGGAUCCUGGAUAAAUUUACUUCCCAGGUGGGAGUUAUGGAGAAACAAGCCCAGAAUCUACUGGAUCUCCAGCUCGCCGAGCACAAAAAAGCCUCCGAUGCUAAAACGAGGGUCACAUUACUGUUUGAAGAUGCCAGGGAAGAGCUGGAGGAAAAGGAAGCCUGGAUCCUGGACGUUAUCUCUAAAGAAGAACACAAAAUCGAUUCUAAAAUCUCACAUCUUAUCCAAAAGCUGGAGACGCAAAAAGAGUCGAUUUUUGAGAAGAUGCGUCACCUUGAGGAGCUGUGCAAGAUGGCGGACCCAUUGCUGAUCCUGCAAGACAAGGAAGCGGAUGGCAAAGGUUUGGUUGGACUUGGGGACCUCAGUAUUGCAGAGAAGACGGUUGAUGAAGAGAACAGAUCAGAAAUGAGAUUGGAUGAAGGUUUGAUCAGGUCAAGCUUGCACGUGGCCCUUUCUGAUUUAGCAUCCAAAGCGAAGAAAGCAUCUUAUAUAACCGAGCCCGUGGAUUUAUUGCUGGAUUCUGACACAGCUUGUGACAACGUCCUUGUCUCAGGUGAUCAAAAAGUAGCUUCCUGGGUCAGUGGUAUGCUGAAUCGAUCAGACAGUUCAAAGCGAUUCACAACUUUCUGUCAGUUGUGCACCAAGAAUUCUUUUUUUAAAGGAAAGCACUACUGGGAAGUGAAUCAGCCUUCUGGAUGGUGGGCUUGGCAUAUGCCUCCAUACCACGUGAGGGCCCAAAGUCAAAGAUUGGAGACAAUAAACAUUCCUGGUGAAUAUACCUGGAUUAUGAAGCUGGUUUUCUGUCCUUCUACCAGCUGUGUGACUCGGCCAAACUCCUGUACACCUUCCAUGCCACCUUCACCCAACCUCUACACCCUGCUUUUGUGGAUGGCGUCUGCUGCACACGGAGAAGAGCUGAGCUGCUCCAUCUGCCUGGACCUUUCUAUGAAACUGGCGACACUGAGAUGUGGGCACAGGUUCUGCCGGGAUUGUAUGGUGACUGCUCUGGAUACACAGGAGGGAUCUGGAGUUUUUCCUUGUUUGAGGUGCAGAGAGGAGGAUGUAGAGUGUCCUGUGCCCGAGAAGAAGAUCAAGCUGGGUAACACUGUGGACUCCCGAUCCAUGGAACAGGAGAACAGUGAGGUCUUCUGUACAUAUUGUGUGCAUUUUAGGGUGGCAGCUAUCAAGACUUGUCUGCAAUGUGAGACUUCUAUGUGUGAGAAACACCUGGCAGCCCACAACAUGACAGUGGACCAUGUGUUGACGGAACCGACUUCAUCCUUCAGAAGAAAAAAAUGCUCCAUCCACAAGAAGCUUCUGGAGUAUUACUGCUCCAAGGACGCCGUCUGUCUAUGUGUGUCCUGCUGUCUGGUGGGGAAACAUAAAGAGCAUGAAGUAGAACUUAUAGAAGAGGCUUCUGAGAAGAAGAAGGAGAAACUGAGAAAAGUUUGUGAAUAUGUGACUGAAGAACGAGGAGAAAUUGAAGAAAAAAUCCAGAAUCUACUGGACAACAAGAGAAAAGCACAGGAGAAAUCAGAUGAUGAGAAGAAGAGAGUCGCUGCUCUGUUUGAGGAUAUCAGGAGACAGCUGGAGGUCCAGGAACAGAGAGUCCUGAGUGAGAUCUCCAGACAGGUAGAGAAGGUCUCGUUGGCGGUCUCUGAGCUGAUUCAUCAACUGGAGACCCAGAAAGACACCCUAUCCAGGGAUAUCCGUCACAUUGAGGAGAUGUGUAACAUAACCGACCCCAUAACUUUCCUACAAGAACCAGAAAUGGAAUACCAAGCUAUGGAGGAACCUGAGAUCUGUGAGCUGGAUGAUUUCCUGAUCUCGCUUCCAUUGCUCAGAUCCCUAACUGAUCUAAUCACCGACAUAAAAUCCAAAAAUAAAUUCCAUGUGAAAAAUUUGUUACUGGAUGAAAAAACUGCACACAAGACAUUGGUUUUAUCCGCUGACCUGAAAAUGGCAACUGUGUCCAACAUAAAUCAGAAUAAACCAGAUUUAUCGGAGAGAUUUUACGAAUAUUGUCAGGUGAUGAGCAUUGAGAGUUUUUCCAGUGGGAGACAUUACUGGGAGGUAGAGAUCGGGGACAUUGAAGAUUGGGAUAUUGGUGUUUGCUAUCCCACCAUAGAUAGAGGACCUGAUGGUGAUCUUGGAUUAAAUAACAACAAGUCGUGGUGUAUAAGCGUGUCUGACGAUGAACUUUCUGCUCGGCACAACUGGGAAUGCAAGUUCUUCGUUUACCUGGUGUCUUCGGUGCAGAAAUUAGGAGUAUGUUUGGAUUAUGAAGGCGGCCGUCUGUCCUUCUACCAGCUGAGUGACCCCAUCAGACACCUCCACACCUUCACCACCACCUUCACCGAACCCCUCCAUGCUGCUUUCUGUUUAGGUGAUGAUGGCUGGAUGAAGCUCUUAAUGUAA